GCGGCGAGAGCGCCGUGCGCGACGCUGUUCUGCAGCCUUCGGAGCGGUCGGCUCCGGCUCUUGCGGGAUUCGGGCUCCAGCUCGACGCCCGCUCUCAAUUCACGCCCCGCCGGCGGGGGUUGCCAUGGUCCACUUCUUGCACCCGGACCUCUCGCCCCGGACCAUCGCCCGCCCGGACGCGCAGAGGGAUGCCCCGGGCCACUACGUGGUGCAGGAGGAGGCAUCUCCCUACUCUUUGGUCGACAUCUGCCUGAAUGUCCUGAUUACUAACCUGGAGAAAUUGUGUUCUGAAAGAUCCGAUGGAACACUGUGCCUUCCUGAGCACUGGCAUCUUCCUCAGCAAUUAGCUGAUCGGUUCCUUGGAGUGAUGACUUGGCAAGGCAAGCUGACUGAUAGAACAGCGAGCAUUUUCCGAGGCAACCAAAUGAAACUGAGGCUGGUCAAUAUCAAAAAGGCUAAAAUCUCUACAGCUGCAUUCAUAAAAGCUUUCUGCCAUCACAAACUCACUGAACUGGAUGCUACUUCGGCGGACCCUGACCUCCCAAUAUCAGACAUCCUGCGUGGACUCUGCAGCAAUAACUGGCUCCAGCAAAACCUCCAGUGUCUGGUAUUGGACUCAACAAGCAUCCGUCAAGAUUCAAAACUACUGUUUGGUCAGCUCACUGGUCUUCGAGUUUUAAGUGUUUUCAAUGUUUGUUUUCAUAAUGAAGACCUAGCUAAUGUUUCUCAGUUACCAAAACUGGAAAGCUUGGAUAUCUCCAAUACUCUGGUCACUGAUAUCUCUGCACUCCUUUCCUGUAAGGAUCGACUCAAAUCUCUCAAAAUGCACUACAUGAAAUGUCUAACCAUGACCAAACCACAAAUUCUCGCAGUCAUUAAAGAACUUAAAUGUCUGUUUCACCUUGAUAUUUCUAAUCACAGGCAGCUCCAAUCAGAUCUAGCUUUCCAUUUGCUGCAGCAGAAGGAUAUUCUACCUAAUAUCGUGUCACUGGAUAUUUCGGGGGGCAGUUGCAUCACCGAUGGAGCUGUGGAACUGUUUAUACGGCAGCGGCCUGCGAUGCAGUUUGUGGGACUAUUGGCUACAGAUGCUGGUUAUUCCAACUUCUUUACUACACAGCAAGGCUUGAGGGUUGCUGGAGGAGCCAAUGUGAUUCAGAUUUCAGAAGCAUUGAGCCAGUACAGGGAUAGGUCAUGUUUUAUGAAGGAAGCCCUCUACAGACUUUUUGCAGAGACGUUUUCAAUGCAGGCAACCAUGCCUGCUAUUUUAAAACUUGUGGCUGUAGGAAUGAGGAACCAUCCAUUGGAUUUGCCAGUGCAGUUCACAGCCAGUGCUUGUGCCCUCAACUUAACACGCCAGGGCCUGGCCAGGGGAAUGCCUGUUCGUCUGUUGUCAGAGGUCACCUGUCUACUUUUCAAGGCUUUGAAAAAUUUCCCUCAUUAUCAGCAGUUGCAAAAGAAUUGUCUUCUCUCCUUAACCAAUGCCAGGAUUCUUGUGGAUGUUCCAUUUGACAGGUUUGAUGCUGCCAAAUUUGUGAUGAGAUGGCUCUGUAAGCAUGAAAACCCCAAGAUGCAAACAAUGGCAGUGAGCAUCACCUCUAUUCUGGCCUUGCAGCUCUCAAGUGAGCAAACUGCACAACUUAAAGACGAGCUCCUCAGGGCAGUUAAGGAACUUCUAGCAAUAGUAAAACAAAAGACUACUGAGAAUUUAGAUGAUGUCACCCUCUUGUUUGCUUUGAAAGCACUUUGGAAUCUUACAGAUGAGUCUCCAGUUGCCUGCAAGCACUUUAUGGAAAAUCAAGGAUUGGCAAUCUUCAUUCAAGUUUUGGAGACUUUUUCAGGAUCACCAAUACAAAGCAAAGUACUUGGACUUUUGAACAAUGUAGCUGAAGUCAGAGAACUCUCUUCCGAGCUGGUGACCAAAGAUGUGGUGAAGCAUAUCAGCGUCUUGCUCCAUAGCACAGCAAUGGAAGUCAGCUAUUUCGCUGCAGGCGUCAUAGCCCACCUGGCAUCUGACAAACAGCCCUGGGUGUCCUGUGACCUUCAGAGGACUACUCUUCUCCAAGAUCUGUAUGUAACCAUCCAGAAUUGGCCAAGUUCAAGUUGUAAGAUGACAGCAUUGGUGACCUACAGAUCCUUCAAGGCAUUUUUUCCUCUCCUUGGCAACUUCUCGCAACCAGAGGUUCAGCUCUGGGCACUAUGGGCUAUGUAUCAUGUCUGCAGUAAAAACCCCAGCAAAUACUGCAAAAUGUUAGUUGAAGAAGGAGGAGUGCAGCUUCUGUGGGACAUCCAGGAGCACAACGAGGCAGACCCCCAAGCACAGCAGACUGCAGCCUCCAUCCUUGAUGACUUCAGAAUGCACUUCACGAAUCAUCAGAGACUCCCUUCGUGUUAAAUGCCCUUUUAACCUAAGGGGCCUCAGAGGUGCUCUGGUCCUCAAGGGCAGGCAGAUCUUCCAUCCCGUCAGCCACUGAAUGUUGAAACCUAUUGUUGGAAUGUAUGAGCUGGCCAUCUUUAAUUUAUUUUUAAAUUUUUGUGUGUAUAUUUUGAUUAUAUGGGUUUUUUGUUUUUUUGUUUUUAAUUUUUUUGUUUUUAAUCUUCACUUGAUAUUUUUUCCAUUGAUUUUUUAGAGAGAGUGGAAGCGGGGGAAAUAGAGAUAGAGAAAGAGAAACAUCGACGUGAGAGGGACAUCGAUUAGCUGCCUCCCACACACGCCCCAACCAGGGCCAGGAAUCAAACCUGCAACCCAGGUAUGUGCACUUGACUGGAAAUUGAACCCAUGGUCCUUUGGUGUGUGGGCCAGCACGCUAACCACUGAGAGCACACUGACCAGGGCGGUCAUCUUUUAUUAAUGGUGUCUGUAAGUUACCAACGAUUGUAUUUUAUGAUGGCCAUAACCCUAAACCAGGUUGAAAUAAUUCUGACAACAUUCCCUCAGCAAUUGUGAAAAAUCAAGCCCUGGACUCUGGGAAGACCUGUGAGCGUGUGUUGGAACUGUGCCAGUUACUUUUCUCUGUAAGUAGAUACCAAAGUACAUUCCACUGUGGAUGGAGGAAAAAGAAAUAUAUUUUUUGCAGCUUUUGAUAUUCUUCUUGUGGCCCUUUCCCUUCAACUUUACACGUUGGACUGAGUGGUAUAACAUUCUGGGUAUGUGGGUUUGCUGCAGGGGCAUGGUGAGACAGGACUGAGAAUAGUGUGUAGAUGGGAGAUUGUAUGGGAAUUUUAAAUCUCAGUCCCUCAGAGUUUUAAUUGGAGUAGAACUGUGACCAGAACUGAGAGGAAGAGAAAGAGCCACAAAAAGUCUUUGCCGAAGAUUUCAAGAGGUGCCCUUACCCAGCCGGGUGACAAGAAACACACGGGCUUUUUUGACAACCAGCCUCUAUCACAAUAUAAAUUAUCAGAAGCUUUUGAUUGUGCCCUUGCAAGCCCCCUCUGUAGAAUGGAGUAUGGACUCCUUUCUUGCCUUGUUAUUGACAACUAACAAACCAUAUUUUGUCAUUCAUGUGUUUUAAGUUUUUCAA